CGGUCGACUUUCUUGGAAAUGGCGUGCAAGGGUCGCUGUUGUUCAUCUAUCCUUUCUCGGAUACUUCCAUGGCAAAGCUGCGUUAUGCUUAUGAGAAGGCCCUUCUUGGUGUUCGGGUUGGGCUCCAUGCCAGCCCGGAGGUUUACUUGUCUGCCAUGGUUGGAACAGGCUUUGGCGUCGAUGGUGGGUUUGAGAUGUCGUUUAGCACCAAGACUGGCCUGGUUAAAGGAUUUGAUCUCGGGGUGAACUGCCUCAGGAGUGAAUGGGGGAAUGCAUCUGUUUCUGCGAGCUUUGUUUUGGACCUUGAGGAUGAGAAGAAGAAGAAGCUGAGAAAGAUCCGGGCUCUCUACUCCAAGGAGGUCGAUCCAAGUUUCAGUUUUGCUGCCGAUGUGGCAUUUGAUGCCGAGAAAGGCAAGGUGCUGGCAACGGGUGGCGUCGCGCUGCGCGUCGACGAGAAAGUGCUUGUGAAGGGGAGGGUCAGCUCCAACGGUUCAGUUGCUGCACUUGUUGAGGUUGCAGGGGAAGGGCGUGCCAAGCUGAAGGCCUCUGCCCAUGCUGAUCUGUACGAGGUGAGCAAAAAGGGACCCAAGGUUGGCUUCUCCGUCAGUUUCAAGUGAGUCGUGCGAGUGUAAACUUUAGAUUGCAUGGAAUUUAGGUAGUGACUAUUGGUGGAUGAGAUUUUGCAUGGAUUUUAGGUAGAGUGAUGACUUUUGGUGGAUGAAAUUUUGCUGUCACAUUGACUGGUUGGCAAUGUUGGAAGAUUGAUUUGGGAUGCGAAUGAUCCACUGUCGUAACCCUUUGUUUGUUAGCCCCACUGAA